AUGGCAUGGGUAAAAUUCUUACGGAAACCUGGUAGCAAUCUUGGAAAAGUUUACCAACCUGGAAGUAUGCUAUCUCUAGCCCCUACCAAAGGUUUAUUAAAUGAACCAGGACAAAACAGCUGCUUUCUUAAUAGUGCUGUACAGGUUUUAUGGCAACUGGACAUAUUCCGACGAAGCUUGCGGAUUUUAACUGGACAUGUCUGUCAGGGAGAUGCCUGCAUAUUUUGUGCACUGAAGACAAUAUUUGCACAGUUUCAACACAGUCGAGAAAAAGCACUUCCUUCAGAUAACAUAAGGCAUGCUCUGGCAGAGAGCUUCAAAGAUGAGCAACGAUUUCAGCUUGGACUUAUGGAUGAUGCUGCAGAGUGCUUUGAAAAUAUAUUGGAAAGAAUUCAUUUUCACAUAGUGCCAAGCAGAGAUGCAGACAUGUGUACUUCUAAGUCGUGCAUCACUCACCAGAAGUUUGCAAUGACCCUCUAUGAACAGUGCGUGUGUCGUAGCUGUGGAGCAUCAUCAGAUCCUCUUCCUUUUACAGAGUUUGUGCGGUACAUUUCUACAACAGCUCUAUGUAAUGAAUUUGAAAAAAUGAUGGAAAGACAUGAACGCUUUAAGCCUGAAAUGUUUGCAGAAUUGCUGCAAGCAGCAAAUACCACUGAUGACUUUAGAAAAUGUCCUAGUAACUGUGGUCAAAAAAUAAAAAUUCGUCGUGUUUUAAUGAAUUGCCCAGAGAUUGUUACAAUUGGAUUAGUCUGGGAUUCUGAGCAUUCUGACUUGACUGAAGAUGUUGUUCGGAAUUUGGGGACACAUCUUUAUCUUCCUGGGCUUUUUUAUAGGGUUACUGAUGAAAAUGCCAGAAAUAGUGAACUUCACCUUGUUGGUAUAAUCUGCUACUCCAGCCAACAUUAUUGUGCCUUUGCUUUUCAUACCAAGAGUUCCAAAUGGGUAUUUUUUGAUGAUGCAAAUGUGAAAGAGGUUGGGACUAAAUGGAAGGAUGUGGUCUCCAAGUGCAUACGAUGCCACUUCCAGCCACUGCUUUUGUUUUAUGCAAACCCAGAUGGCACUGCAGUGUCUACUGAAGAUGCACUCAGGCAGAUCAUCCAUUGGUCACAUUACAAAUCUGUUGCAGAAAAUAUGGGAUGUGAAAAACUCUCAGGUUUUAAGUCAGAUAAUUCAAGAGAAAGUGGAGUUAGUGAUCAAGUAAAGCAGAGAGAAAAUCAGAAAUUUCUGACAGAUAAUAUUUCAUCAUUUAAUUGGAGCCACAUUCAAACAAGUGGAGGUAGAGGACCAGUUAAGCUAAGUCACAGUGACCAACGGGAAAAAAUAAGAGAUAUUUCCAGAGAAUGUGCACUGAAAGCCAUUGAACAUAAAAAUUCAUUUUCCUCACAAAGAAACGAUUUGGAAAGGGGGCAAAGAAAAGAUUUGGGCCGACAUAGAGAUUUGGUUGAUGAGGACCUUUCUUAUUUCAAGUCUGGAUCACCUCCUGCUCCAAAUGGUUUUAGACAAUAUGGGAAUGCACAUCUCUAUCAUAGUCAAGGGAAAGGACCACGUAAACAUGACCAGAUAACCCAUCAGAGUCGAACGUCUGCACAAAUGCUAAAUUCAAGUAAAUCUCAGAUUCUCCGUCCAGGAGAAAAAAUAACUGGCAAAGUUAAGAGCGACAGUGGUACUGGAUAUGAUACAGACAGCAGCCAAGAUUCUAGAGCUAAAGGAAACAGCUGUAAUAGCAACAGUAAAAGCCGGAACCGAAGUUGGAAACCUAUGAGAGAAACAUUAAAUGUUGAUAGCAUUUUCAGUGAAAGUGAAAAAAGGCAGCAUAGUCCAAGACAUAAAUCAAGUAUCAACAACAAACCUAAAUGUAGCAAAGACCAGAAUUUUCACAAUUGGCCAAAAGAGAAUCCAAAGCAAAAAGGUUUAAUGACCAUAUAUGAAGAUGAAGUAAAACAAGAAAUAGGAAGCAGGAGUUCCCUUGAAUCUAAUGAAAAAGGAACAGAGAAAAAUAAGGGCCUCAGAGAGACUAAAGUUCAUGGUGACAGUUGGCAGAUGCAAAGGACUGAAUCUGGAUAUGAAAGCAGUGAUCAUCUCAGUAAUGGAUCAGCUAACUUGGAUUCCCCUGUUAUUGAUGGAAAUGGUACAGUAAUGGAUAUGAAUGGUGUUAAAGAAGCAUUAUCCUUCAGUGAUCAGAUUAAUUCAAGCAACUGUAUCUCUCAUCAGAGCAAAAUCAACUUGGAAGGUUUGAGAAAAGAACUUAAGAAUGUGGAAGUAGGCUUUACCUCUCAUGAGUUCCUCACAGAAGCACAUCUGCAAAUAAAUCCUUUAAUAAAAAGGUCACAUACACAUGAAAACAGUGGAAAGUUAAUCCCUGCAUCCAGUCCACAUAUACGCAAGGACCACUUAGCAAGAGAGCAUAUCCAUCAGUCAAGUGAACAGAAGCAUGAAAAAUCAAAUGAAUAUAAAUUUUCUGAGUGGCUUAAUAUGGAAACUUCUGAGAGAACAGGUUUGCCUUUUCAUGUUGGUGACAAUUCUGCCUCUGGAAAGAAAAUGAACAAUAAUGAAAUUAUUUCAUCUCCAUUGCAGUCGUCAAACAUGAGAGCUGUUGGGUUAAAGCCAGAAGCUGCUUCCACCAGCCAACAGCAAAAUAUGAUGGAACAAUGUUACUCUGAGAACUCAUUAUCCAGGGAGCAUAUAAUUCAGUCAGUCUGCAGAUCUGAUAGUUGUCAGUUGCCAAAACUUGUUUGCCAGAAUAUACCACCCCCUUUGCCGCCAAAGAAAUACACUGUAUCUAGUGUGCCACAGUCAGAUAAAACGGAAUCCAUACCUGAUGUCAAACUUACAGAGAUGUUUAAAGCUAACUCUCUGAGUCUUCCAAAAAACAGUGUAAAUACAGCUUCAGAACAAGGUUUAGAAGUGAGUACAUACAUGAAUAAUGAAAGACUUAAGGAAGCAUUUCAAGUGAAAGAGUGUGUUGGCAACACACCAGACUGCCUGUCCAACUCUCCAACUAAUGAUUUUCAGGCAGUCUCAGAUGCAGUUGGUGAUGCAUUUUGCCAACCAGAACUAGAGUCUAGUUCUAUGUGUCCAAGUGAGAAAAUUUCAUUAACUACCUAUUUUUCAGUUGAUAGUUGUAUGACUGAUACAUAUAGACUGAAAUACCAUCAGAGACCCAAGCUCUGUUUUCCAUAGAGCAGUAACUUUUUAAAUGAUAAUUCACAAUUUCAGACUGAAAGAGGCCUGGGACCUGUUACAUAA